GUCCACAAUUUGGGAAAGGUAAAAGGAAAGAAAUUUGAUUAGUCGGAGUUUUGUUCUUCGUCAUUCUCCAGCAGCAAAUUUCCGACGGAUCGACCUGUUGUAAUCAAAUAUGUCCACCGCGGCCGAUCCGAGCAAUCAGGCGGCUGUUGCUAGGAAGCCGAAGGCUCCGUUCAAGUUCUUGGUUCCGCUCAUCUACGCUCCAGUUCUUCCAUUGAUUCGGCUGUCGCUGCGUAGGAAUCCGGUCUUGAGGGACAGGUUGUUCACUGCUGUGUUGGCGGGUGCCUUUAUCCAUGGUGGUUACUUGGUGUAUCCUUUCUCCUCCUCCCUCUCAAGUAUCAUGUCAAUUAUGGUUCCCCUGUUGAUAUUCACCUGCUCCUAUCAAUUGAUUCGUUUUCUUUUCUUUAUGUGGGCAUGCUUGUUGGUAUACGCCUGCGAUGAUCAAUCAAUGUGCACCUUGCAUACUCUUUUUGAAAGAGUGGCUAUCUUGCAAUGGGGAAACAAGUAGAUUCUGAUUCCAUUGUAGCUUAGAAGUUUUGUUGCUGCAUUCUCAUUUGCUCAUAUAUUCCGCCUUUCGGGUGAAUUGGGAAGCAUGAUAGCUCAACAUUUGCACUCUCUUCGUAGGUGUAUCUAGUUUGUUAGGCAUUAAAAUUUUGUCUUCUGAUAAUAGGAUGGCGCAUAGCUUAUCAUCUCUUUGGUGUUCAUCAGUUUUACAGAUUUCUGACCGUAGAUG